UUAUAAUAUAUACUAUUUAUAUAAAAAACUAUUAUAGAAUUGUAUUAAAAAAUAUUUAUUUUCAAUAUUAUGAAAAUAUUUAUAAUAUUAUAUGAUGUUAAAAAUAAUUUUAAUAGAUGGCAGUAUUAUCUAAAAUUUAAUAUUAAUUUUCCGUUCUAUAAAAAUUGUAAUUUAAACGGCGCUGAAAAUUCGGAGUUGGCAAGGUCUUUCAAGAAUAAUACUCAAAAUGGCUGCCCGAUCUAUCAUUAAAUAUUUACGUCCAAAAACUGUUGUAUCCCAAAUUCAUAGAUGUGCUUCACUUUCUGCAUUUGAAAUACAACAUAAAACUCCAACUAUUAAAAAAGUAAUGCCUAUACCAAAAGCUCAUUAUGGAGGACGACAUACAGUUACUCUUUUACCUGGUGCUGGAAUUGGUCCAGAAUUGAUGAAUUAUGUAAAAGAGAUUUUCAGAUAUGCAGGUGUACCAGUAGAUUUUGAAGAUGUAGAAAUUGAUCCAAAUGCAAACGACAAUGUUGAUUUAGAUUAUGCUAUUACAUCAAUUCGUAGAAAUGGUGUAGCACUAAAAGGAAACAUUGAAACUCGUAGUACAGAAGCAGAUGUACUUUCCAGAAAUGUUGCUCUUCGAAAUGAAUUAGAUCUUUAUGUAAAUGUUUUACAUUGUGUAUCAUAUCCAGGAGUAAAUUCACGACAUAAAAAUAUUGAUAUUGUUAUUGUUAGACAAAAUACAGAGGGGGAAUAUGCUAUGCUAGAACAUGAAAGUGUUAAAGGUGUUGUAGAAAGUAUGAAAGUUAUUACAAGUAUUAAUUCUGAACGUGUUGCAAGAUAUGCAUUUGAAUAUGCUAAGCGAAAUGGAAGAAAAAAAAUUACCACAGUUCAUAAAGCAAAUAUAAUGAAACUCUCUGAUGGAUUAUUUUUAGAAAUAUCAAGAAAAGUUGCAAAAGAUUAUCCAGAUAUUACUCAUAAUGACAUGAUUAUUGAUAACACUUGUAUGCAAUUGGUUUCCAACCCACAUCAAUUUGAUAUUAUAUUAACAACUAAUUUAUAUGGAGCAAUUGUAUCAAACGUAGUAUGUGGCUUAUUAGGUGGUGCAGGAUUAUUAGCAGGUAAAAAUUUUGGUGAUCAUUAUACAGUAUUUGAACCAGGUACUCGUAAUACUGGUAAACGUAUUGCUGGAAAAAAUAUUGCUAAUCCUAUUGCAAUGUUAAAUGCUGCUGUUGACAUGUUACGACAUCUUGGACAUAAGGAUCAUGCUACUUUAAUUCAGAAUGCUAUUAAUAAAACUAUUAAUCAAGGUGUUCAUACACCUGAUCUUGGUGGACAAGCAACAAGUAGAGAAGUUGUUGAUACGAUAAUGAAUCAUAUUAAAAUAGCAUCUAAUUAAGACUGAUAGUAUCAGAUUAAAAAUUAAUAUAAUAUAAAAAUAUACAUAUAUGUUUAAUUUUGCUUUUUAGAAGAGAUAUUUCAUUAUCUGAUACAAUAUUUGAAUAUCUUUUCACUUGAUAGUAGUAACUGUAUUUUUUGCUUAAAAAAAGAUUACAAUUAAAUUGUGUAAGUUAUACACUUAUAUAACAUAAUUUUUAAGUAAAGUGACAAAUUUGAUACCUGUAACAUAGUAAUAUCUUAUGUAAUAUAAUAAUAUCAUAUAUAUUGAAUUAAAGUUUGUAAAGUACAUUUUAAAGAUCGCAGAUUAAAUAUUGUAAUUAUUUUUAAAAGACGUGUUUGAGAUGUAAAUUUUUUAUUUGCAUCUCAUUAAAAAUAUUUUUUUGCAAUUAUAGAAUGAUAAAAAAAGAAAUUCAUAACUUUAACUUAGUGGAUAGAUAAUAUUAUUAAAUAAAAAAAAAAUCUUAAAAAAAAUAUAAUCAAAAAAUAAUUUUCAAAAUUAUAAACAACUUUUCAUUCUGAUUCAUUCAAGAAUAAUUUAUUUGUUUUAUUCGAAAACGAAUCAAUCAAUUAUUUUUUUUUUCUGGAAUAUAUUUCUGAUUUUUAACAUCUCACAAAUAAAUAUAUAUAUCUUUCAAAGCGAGCAAAUCAUUCGCUUUAAUAUUAAAAUUUUAAUGAGUAUUAUCUAUUCUAAAAGUUAUGAAUUUUUUUUUAUCACUUCAUAUAUAUAUAUAUAUAUAUAUAUAAUCUUUAAUAGUUCUGUUCUAGUGAUAAUUCAUUGAACAAAUGAUUUAUAAUAAAAUAUAUUAGUAGAUUUAAUUUAUUUUAAUUGAAUAAAAAUGUUAUAGUUAACAAUAUUUAAUAUUAUUAACAAUAUUGUUAUUAUAGAAUAUAUACAAAUUAUUAAAAUCUUGAUCUACAUAUAAUAAGUUAAUUAUAUUAAUUCUGUAGAAGUUGUAAUGCUAGUUCCUCAUACGCUUUUAAGUCUGUAUUAUCUGUUUUAAGAGAUGUUCUUUGUUUUUUCUUUUUCUUUUUGCAUUCGUUUUGCACUAUGAGUUUUCUUUUAAAUGGUCUGUAAGUAUAAAAUUACCAAAGAUUAAAAUGAUGCUAGAAAUAAAACAAAUAUAUUUUUGUAGAUUAAUGUA